AUGGCGACCAACCUCUCCGAGGUCCACCAGUCCCACGCCCACAUGAUCAAGACCGGCCUCAUCCACUCUCCGGCGGCCGCUGCCCGACUUCUCUCCUCCGCCGUCGCCACCGACGAGCUCCCAGCUCUCGCCUAUGCCGACUCCCUCUUCUCCCGCCUCCCCGCCCCAACCUCCUUCGCCUGGAACUCUAUGAUCCGGGCCCAUGCCCGCGCGCCGGACCCGGCGCCCGCCCUCCAGCUCUUCUAUCGGAUGCUCCACUCCCCCACCCGACCCGAUAAAUACACAUUUCCCUUUGUCCUCAAGGCCUGCGCGGCCCUUCCCGAAGCCUUCCAGAUCCACGCCCGGAUCCUCAAAACCGGGUUCGGGUCCGACAUCUUCGUCCUUAACACACUACUCCACACCUACGCUAUCAAUGGACUUACGGCAGAGGCACUCAAGCUGUUUGCUAGAAUGCCUCAGAAAGAUGUAAUCUCCUGGAAUGCUAUGAUUAAUGCCUUUGUAACCCAUGGCUUGGUUGGUCGAGCACGCAAGUUGUUCGAUAAAAUGUCUGAGAGGAAUGUGGAGACUUGGAACUUCAUGAUCUCGGGCUAUUCGAAUCUUGGACUGGUAGACCAAUCUAGGGAACUUUUCAAUUUGAUGCCUGUCAGAGAUAUUGUCUCAUGGAAUGCCAUGAUCACGGGGUGUGCCCGCACAGGUCGUUUCGAUGAAGUGAUUUCACUCUUUCAAGAGAUGCAGUAUGGCAAUGUGUGGCCGGACGAAUGCACUUUCGUGAAUGUGUUGUCAGCAUGUGCUCGAGUUGGAUCUCUGGGACAGGGCGAGUGGAUUCGAGCUUAUGUUGAUAAAAAUGGGAUCGAGAUCAAGGGGUUUUUAGCGACCGCGCUUGUCGACAUGUAUUCAAAGUGUGGAAGCAUAGAGAAGGCUUUGCAGGUGUUUAACAACACUUCUAAGAAGGAUGUUAGUACAUGGAAUGCAAUGAUAGAUGGUUUAAGUAGCCAUGGGUUAGGGGAGCAUGCAUUGAGGCUCUUUGAGGAGAUGCCAAGAAAUGGUUUGGUGCCCAAUGGUGUGACUUUUGUGAAUGUGCUCUCUGCUUGUAGCCAUGAGGGAUUGUUGAAUGAAGGCUGCCGGAUUUUCAAUGACAUGGCUCGGGUAUAUGGAAUUGAGCCAGAAAUAGAGCAUUAUGGGUGUAUGGUUGAUUUGCUUGGCCGAGCUGGGCUUUUGGUGGCGGCUGAGGAGCUCUUAAGGAGAGCACCAGUCAAGGAUGCACCAGUGCUUUGGAGGUCACUUUUGAGUGCUUGCAGGGAACAUGGGGAUCUUGAGUUGGCAGAGAUAGCAGCAAAGCAGCUCUUGGAGUUGAGUCCUUUUGAUAGCUCUUGUUACAUUCAAUUGUCGAAUGUUUAUGCAUUGUUGGGCAGAUGGGAGGAUGCAAGGAUGCUGAGGGAGAUGAUGAAGGUGCAGGGAGUUAAAAAGGAACCAGGUUGUAGCACAAUUGAAGUCGACGGAGCCAUUCAUGAGUUCUUUGUGGGCGAUUGA